AUUCCUUAUUUUUGGUCCAAUUUAUCUAUGUUUACGAUCAGCUGGUGCCACACGUGAUCAAAUUGUAGCUGAUUAUUCUAUGGUUGCACCUAUUGAUAAAUUUUUACAUCUAAAUGGUGCAACUAUUGUUACUGCAGCUAUGAGUCGUUCCCGAGAAUUCUAUGGUGCAUACCUUGCUUAG